UUAAGCAUGUUCAUACCAAGUCAUAAACAACCACACAUCCAUAGACCAGAACUUUUGAAAUUAACCCAUCGAGCUCCUCUAGAUUAAGAAGAUUGGAUGUGUACAUUAGUAGAAGAGUGCCAGUAGGAGUGUCCCUGUGGAUCACCAUCAUUCCAGCGUAAGUUCCAACUUAGCCGUGGCCACUGGUGAUGGAGUCGAUCAACACUGAGCCACAGAACCAUGCUGGCGAGAACGCAAGUGCUCUCCCGCCUCUGGCUCCGGUGGUCAUGGAUCCCUGGCUUCUAAUGGCUGCGAGCAUGGGCGACUGCGAGGCUCUAAAGACUCUCCUAAACUGGGGAGAUGCACCACUUUGGCCAAAGGCGGUGGCACGUCAGGUUGUCGUUGAGGUCCCCAUUGACGGAGACACCCUUAAUGACCUUACCAUCACCAACGGAAGCUUGGAUGAACAGAAGCAAGCUGCGGUUGGUGUGGUUGAAGAAAGUGCUGGUUGCCAGCCAGCCGCGCCGUCUGCAGAGUCACUCCUGGAGGGAGUCACGCCUCUUGGCGACACGGCCCUUCAUGUCCUAGCAAAAUCUGGAUAUACAUCAAGCGAAAACUUCCUAGACAGCGUGUAUGUGGUCUAUAAUAAAGCCAAAUACUUGUUGGAUAAGCCCAACAAGUUGGGCGACACACCGCUGCACUGUGCUGCCCGGGCACGGAGCUGUAAAAUGGUGUAUUGUUUAUUAGAUUUAGCAAAAGGUGAGGAAGGCGGCAUCGACAGGGUGAAGUAUGUGCUAAGAAAGCAAAACAUAUGUGGGGAGACUGCGUUGCAUGAUGCAAUCCGUGGGAUGAGCGAUGAUAUUGUGACAUUGUUAUUGAUGGAAGAUCCGCAACUGGCUCGUUUUCCAAGUGAAGGGAUGUCACCACUGUAUUUGGCCAUUGUCCUAGGGGAUUACCUCAUGGCAACCAUACUCCAUGAGAAAGAUAACCAACUAUCGUACUCCGGACCAGAUGGACAAAAUGUGCUUCAUGUAUCGGUCUUGAAUAAUACAGGUACUUUUCUUUGCCUCGAAGAAGAUUUUACUUGCAACCCACAAGUUAUAAUACAUCAGUCACUUCGUUAUGCUGGCGCCUGGUAUGGUUGCUAUGGAGCCAUGCUCAUUGCAACGGUGGCAUUUGGUGCAACUUUCGCCGUACCUGGUGGUUACCGAGCUGAUGACCACCCCAACGGUGGCACACCAACGCUGGCCGGAAGGGCUGCCACCUCUUCGCGGGUCUCGGGCGUCUCGGCGGUCUUCCCCAUCCGCCGAAGCUCCCGCCAUGGGGUCGGCAUCGAUGGGGCGAUGGCGACGGAUGAAGACUCCAUGGCAAAAGCCAUGCGUCGCAAGACGGAGACAAACCUUGACUUCUCAGUUCUAUUUCUGUUUCGGCUAACGCUCUGA